AUGGAUCAAUUUUAUAUAAAUAAUUAUGUAAAGUUUGUUUGGAUAAUAUUAUCUCAUGGUAAUGCUACCACUACCUCGACUGCUACCAAUUUUAAAUCAUUUCAAACAUUCAAUACCAAGUAUGGUAAAUUCAUUCAAGAUUUAAUAAUAAACUCACAACUUUCACAAACUAAUCUUUUAAUCAGUUUGUAUUAUUUAUAUAAGUAUUAUCAUCAUAAUGAUGUUCUCACCAAUGAUACUACCAUUCCUUCUUCUAACGAUGAAGAAGAGAUACCAAUGACUAUUUAUUUGAUUAUCAUAUCAUUAGUACUUGCCAACAAAUCAUUUGAUGAUCAAUCAUAUACUUUAAAGACUUGGUUAAUUAUAAUUAACAAUACCAAGAACUCUCAAGUGAUUUCACUUGAUUUAAAAUUAUUGAAUUAUUUAGAAGGGUAUUUCUUAAGUGCCUUGGGAUUUAAAUUAUCUUAUAUAAGUAUUCAACAUGAUCAAUCAUUCUGGAAUGUGUUUUCAGGCAAAUCAUUAUUCAAAUUAUCUAAAUCUAUAGUAGCAAGAUUUAGAGCAGUUGUUGAUAAUUCUUCAUUAUUAUCAUCACCAGCAACAACAACCACAUUAGCAUCAAGCAUUCCAAUUUCAUAUAUUGGACAUCCAGCCAUGAUUGAUUUUUCAUCACCAGCCUUGUCAACUGCUUCAAGUAUGUCUCCAACAAGUUCAACUACUACAACCUACUUCUCCAGUCCUGUUGGUUAUGAUACACCAUUAACUCCAAUAACUCCAGUGGAGGGAUAUAUAACCGCGUCAUCAUCAAAGCGUAGAAGGUUGACACCACCAACUUAUCAACAACGACAACAAUUUCAACAACUUCCCCCACCAUCGCAAUAUUCAUUGCCUAUGAUGUCAGGGGUUCCAUCUUUGUUUAUGCAACAACAACAAUUUGUUCCAGCACAAGCACCAAUGUAUACCCAACCAAUGGGUACCACCAUGGUAGUAGUACCUGCUUUGCCAUCACAACAAUCUAAUAAUCAAGCAGCGAUGGGGUCAUCAUAUGUUCCAUCAUCAUUGUUUUCAAAGAGUAACUAUUAUGGGUAUUAA